AUGGCCAACACCCGCUUGAAUCAGAUACAGAGCCACCUCGGGCCAAAUGAUUUGGAAAUCGAUCCCACGCGGGUUGACGGCCAAGUUAUAGUCAUAACCGGUGCAGCUCAGGGCAUUGGUCGAUCGGCGGCCAUUCUCCUUGCCCAAAAAGGAGCAAAGGUCGCGAUCAACGAUCUCGAUGGUGAAAAAGCAGCAGACGUUGUCCGUGAAAUUCGAGGCUUGGGACAAAUUGCCGAGGCUUUCCCUGGAGAUGCUCUAGAUGAAAAUUUUCCUGAGCAGUUGGUGACUCGAGUUUUGGCUAAAUGGGGGAAGAUCAAUUGUCUUAUCAAUAAUGCCGGAUUCUGCCAUGACAGCGCUAUUCACAAAAUGCCGGACGCCAAAUUUGACAUUGUGAUGAAAAUACACAACUAUACUCCAUUCCGCCUUUUGCGGGCUCUUUCCUCGCACUGGAUGGACCCGGCAUUCCGUGAUAUGCCCAAGAACAUCGUCAAUGUUUCUUCCACGUCCGGACUUCAUGGCGCUAUGGGUCAAAUUAACUAUGCAACAGCUAAAGCAGGAAUCGUCGGACUUACAAAGACAGUGGCAGCCGAAUGGGGCCGAUACAACGUGCGAGCCAAUGCCGUAGCAUACGGAUGGAUUGACACUCGCAUCACACGGCCUCCGACUGAAUCAGAAGUGCUGAGUAUUGGAGGGCAACAAAUUAAGCCUGGCAUCCCUAUGAAUGCCAAGAAAUGGCGUGACAUUUCUGACAUACCCCUGGCUAGACCUGGUACAGCGGAUGAGGCCGCCAGGGUCAUGUUGUUUUUAGCGAGCCCACUUGCAGCCUAUGUAACUGGAACUUGUAUCGAGUGUACUGGAGGGCGAUUCAUGUAA